CUGCCCCUCCCUGCGGCUCAGCCAAAGAAAACCAGCACUAAUAACAUCUACCAUCCUUCAUUUUAAAAGGCCUGCUCGGUGAGAGGCUGCUGAGGGACAAGGCUUGUCCAGUUCCUGCGUGUGAGGGCAAAGCGGGCGCAGCGUAUAUUCUGUUGUUAGCCCUUCGUCGGGUGUGUGGUGAUGAUAGGAAGGGGAAUAAUGGGUGGUUAUUUGGGUUUUUUCAAAGCUUCGCCUGCUCUCAAAACAAGGUGGGGGCGUCCGUGCCUGAUUUCUGAGGAGAGUUGGGUUUGUCAAGGAGGGCUGAGUGGCUGUGACUCGCGGGGCUUGUCCCCACAUGUGUUUAAAUACACAUGGGGAGGGUGGAAGGAGGAUUUAUCUUCUCAUUUUAUCAUAGUAGGAUGCUUUUGCUGUUUGGAAAAGGGGGGGAAUCGCCACGUUUGACCCUGUUUCUGGAGGCAUAAGUGGUUUAAGUGGUUCCAGGCAGAUGCUGCGAGCUUGCUGGAUCUGCAGGAGUUCAGCACGGGAUUGCUUCCCAGGCAAAAGCUUUGGCACACAGGAGCCAGAGGAAGCUAGGGAUUUUUCAUCAGAGGCCAUGGAGCUUUCAGCCAGUGAGCUCAGCAUUUAUGACAAGCUGUCAGAGACGAUUGACCUGGUGAGGCAGACUGGCCACCAGUGUGGGAUGUCAGAAAAAGCCAUUGAGAAAUUCAUCAAGCAGCUUUUGGAAAGAAAUGAACCCCAAAGGGGACCUCCACGGUACCCCCUCCUAGUGGCUCUCUACAAGGGUCUGCUCACGCUGGGGCUGGUCCUGCUGACCGUGUACUUCCUGAUCCAGCCCUACAACCCUCUGCCUCCUGAAGCUCCACUCUCCAGAGCCCAUGCCUGGGGCUCCCUCGUUGGCCACAUCCGGCUGCUCUCUCUGCCUAUUGCCAAGAAGUACAUGCUUGAGAAAUGCCAGGACUGGUGGGCAGCAGGUUGCAGACAGAACACUUCUACACUUCCUGCAAACUGCACAGUCUGUUCUGCUGUGAAAAGCCUUCAGAUAGUGACAGACUUUGGAGAACUAUCAGAAAAGCUCCAGAGGUCUCAGCCUUUUCUAAUCAAGACAGGGCAGCAUCUCUCCUAUGAGGAACUGAAGCAUUUUCAGUCCCAGGAUCCAGAACUGGCGGAGGUUAUAAUAGAAGAAAACUCAGCUGAAUUGUGGAGCUGCCCAUUUUUCUUUCCCUGGAACAAAUCUGUGAAUAAAACUCGGGUUCUGCAGGAAUUUUUCCCCAGUUCCUCUUUGCUGUCCUUCCCCAAGACAGUUUCUCUGGAGAGCUGCUUCCUCAUCCGCCAACCACAUUUGGGGAACAAGAGCUACAGUUUGCACAGCCUCUUUGCUGUUGGAAGUGGACAACUCACCCUGACUGUUGUACCUCUGGACAAGUGCAGAGGACACUGUGAGAUGUUCAAGGUGGAGCUGGAAGCUGGAGAUCUGGGUUAUGCCAGCACGGAUCACUGGGCAAUGACCUUCAUGGCCAAAGGGACAGAGCCAGCAGUGGUUUGUGACGGAGCUGCUAGAUAAGGGCUGGGAAGUCACCAAGACAAGGCAACAUCUUCUAAACAAUAGAGCUGGGGCAACUAGGGCAGGCAGCUUUGCCACCCUGCAUGUUUACAGUGUUUAAAAAUGACUGUUUUCCUGAGGUAAUUCUUUGCCUUUCCUCAAUGUAUUUUGGGAGAAGCUCAAGCUGUUCCUGACCUUCCCUGUCCCCUCAGGUAAGCCCUGGCUUCGCAGCAAAAGGGUUUGUUGUGUUGGGGGUUUUUUUAAUCCAGGAGUAGCAGAGGGAUUUCUCAGGAUGAGAUUCACCUUGUGUCCUUUGUGAAUUAUGGCACUUCUGGAACUUCCCUAAGGGGGUUUGGGAGUGGAGAGGGCAUGUGACAGUUCCUGUACAUUCCUCCUGAGGAGGAGGCUUUGAGCCUGGUGUGUCAGGCCAGCUCUGCCAAGGGAAGGAGCUGGUGAUGGGACCCAACUCCACCCCAUCUCUCCACCACCUCCGUAGCUGUGUGCCUCAGUAGUGUGCCCUGCAAAGCCAAUCUCUGCUCUGUGCUCCGUGGAGGAGCCUUGCAGACCCUCACCCACUGCAUCCUUCUUGUACCAAAACAAUCUCUUCUGUGUGUCUUGGGAUCACUCCUCUGCUGUUUCUCUCCCAGCGGGUUGUGAGUGAGUCAAACAGCAACUGUGCCGUUGGUUUUUUUUUUCCUCCUCACCUCCUUUCCUACAAAAAAUACUGAUGCAAGUGUUAGUGGUGCUGGUGCUGAGAGCUCAGCAGUUCUGGAUGGAGAUGGGGCUUGAUGCAGAGCUGCUCUGUGCAACUUCCACCUUCUCCUGGUGCACCUGAGCCCCCCAGGCUGCUCCACCGUUUUCAUGCUCCUCGCUCGCCUUCCCAGCCCAGGCGGUACCCGAAACCUUCCUCAUCCCUGGCAUUUUCUUUGCAUCAGCUCCUUCCAGACCUGAAACUUUUGCCUUCAGAAUGAACGUUGGUUUUUCCUGAGUCCUUUCCAAGCUGCCUUCACAUGUUUCCUGCUGCUGGAGCUCUGCUCUGCCCAAUGCCCCGAGAGAGGCUCGGGCUUCGCAGGCUGCGGAUGCUGCCGUUCCCUUCCAAGUCUGAUCCUUUGGAUCUCAUCCUGCUGUUGAAGAUCAUUUGCAGAUGUCUCAGGCUGAACUCACAAGCCAGGGCUGGGCUUCAGGACAUACUCUCACACUUGUUAAUAUGGAAUUGGGAGGGGUUUGGUUUGAAAGUGAGUUAACUCUGUUCUCAGGAGCGAGAAUCCUUUUUCCUCUGUAAAUGUUUUAGGUCUGCGUAAAAUUACGGAGUGGAAAAAAAUGUCUGCCCAGCCUUUGUUUUUGAGCAAGGCCAGGAGAAUUGGGAGCAAACAUUGUACUGAUCUUGCUAGAUCUGACAAAGGCUGCCAAGUGGGAUGACCAGGUCUGGCUCCUAGCCAAGGAAAAGGCAGAAGACAGUUCCCUCUCCAAAGAAUUUAGUCGGAGGCCUUGACACUACAAACAUUUCUAUGCAUAAUCCUUUCUUUUUUCCUCCUGUAAACAAAUAAGAACAGUCCCAGCACCCAUGUCAGUCUGUGUUCCUGGCCCUCAACACUGACCCAACACACACCAGAGCUUGUAGAACCAAAGGGGGAGAGUGACUCUCUCAGGACAGAAAAGGACUAAUUUGAUUUGUAGCAAGAUAUUAAAGGGAAUUGGAUUAAUAA